AUAAAGGGGACGCUGACCGGGCUGGUACGCUCGGAGAGCAUCACCAGAUCGAUUUUCAACUGGCUGGCCGUUCCACGAACACCUACUGGAGAGAGCAAGGACACAUCGCUACGACCUCUAUCUUCAACCUGUACAAUCUGCAGGCCAAAAGAGGCGUGCUCGAAGGAAGAACAGCGCGGAUUUCGAUGAUGGUCGCGGAUGAUGGCUCUGGUCCCGUCAAGGUUCCUCCGGUAGUCCUCGUGAAGGAUGCCGCGGUAGCAUCAGCAAGUGGCAACAGCGGCGUCGCCAAUGGGGCACGAGAGGAAGAAGCUGGAGCAGCAGCAGCAGCAGCAGCAGCAGCAGCAGCAGAAGGCAAAGGUGUUGCAGCACUUCAUACACCUCAAGUCUCCAGCAAGCACUGGCGGAAAAUCAGGAGUGCCGUGGUUGCUCUCGCUGCGUUUCGAAGCCGACGGGUGAAAGCGGCGGAUUUUGAGCGGAUACGAAUGUGCGGGGAGGGAGGUUCGGGGUUGGUUUACCUCGUGCAAUUGAAGAACACCACCAUGUUCUUCGCUCUCAAGGUCCAGCGCAAGACAGACCUGGAGGCCAAGGAGAAGAGAAUAAGGAGGGCACUCAUCGAGAAGGAGGUGCUCGUCGCUUGCGCCCAUCCCUUCGUGUGCAGCCUUUACACAGCCUUCCAGGACAGCCGUCAUCUCUAUCUCCUCAUGGACUAUUGCGCCGGUGGAGACUUGAAAACUCUCGUCAGGGAUGUUGCGAAGCGAGCCCUUACGGAAGAAGAGGCUCGCUUUUACGUCAGCGAAAUCGUGGCGGCGCUGGAAUGGGUGCACCUGCACGGAUACGUCUAUCGAGAUCUCAAGCCCGAAAACGUUCUUAUUCACGCGAGCGGCCACAUCCGGCUGGGGGACUUUGGCACGGCAGAGCGCGGGAGCUUCAAGUGUCAGGAUGUGCCCGGAGAAAAGCUGUGCCCGGAGGAGGUCGAGAAGGCCCUCGGCGAGACCGGCAUGUCUCACGCUGCUACCGCCGGCGGUAGCGCCAGUGGCGGGCACACGUUUUCCGAGGAAGAGGAGGGCGAUCUCGACGAGUCCAACUACAUUCACCACGGCGUCGGUGCCGACAACGGCAACGGCCCACCACACAAGGCCGCACACGCCAAAGGCAGCAGCAUCAUCGUGCAGAUCGACCCGUUCUUGACGGAAGCCUCGGCGUCGAGCGUAGUACAUGCUGCUGAUCCUACGGAAGAAGCGGCGGUGGAGGAGGAGGCUGCUAGCGCCGGCGCCGCUCCUGCUGCUGCUGCUGUGGACAGGCCGGUGUGCACUGACGACGGUGAUGAUUCGGCGUGGCCUGGCGGUGGAUGUGGACCGCCCGUGGGAUGCGGCUGCGGGAGAAGGCGUGGGACGGGAAAGUCAGCCCGCGGACCAGCUUCAUUAUCGGCAGGACCCGGCCAGCCGUUCGCCCAAGGGCGGGGGAGCGUGAAGCUCAACGUUCUCCUCGACAGCCAAACCUUCAUCGGCACUGCUGACUUCAUGGCCCCCGAGAUGGUCACGGGCAAGACGGCGCAGGGCACCGGGAUGGACUGGUGGGCGCUCGGCGUGAUGCUGUUCGAGAUUACCCUCGGCACCCUACCGUUCCACAGCGAGCUCCCUUCCCAGAGCAGCAACGAGGUGUUCCGGAGCAUCGUGAACGCGGAGCUCAAGUUCCCGCGGCGGCACAACUUGAGCCGCUCGGCCGUGGACUUCAUCCGGCAGCUCUUGCGCAAGGACCCCACCGAACGGUUGGGCCAGCGGAAGGGCGUCGGCGAGAUCAAGCGGCACCCCUUCUUCGGCAGCGUGCACUGGGCGCUCAUCGCCAACUCGACGCCGCCCUUCGUCUUGUCCGGCCCGGACACCCCGGGGUGGCUGGCGUCGAUGCGGUCUGCGCCGAAUGCUGGGGCUCGGGAGGACAAGUUUGCGACGUGGACGUGGAUGGCCACGCAACAAGACGCGCCACGGCCAGGCAUGCAGGGUGCGGGGCCGGCCAUGACCUCGAGCGAAGCCCAAGACUACCUGGACAACGACAGCCCCAGCGGCCGAUACAGCAAGGCCGGCCUGGACAAGCUGGGGGACGAGCUGGGGAUUGCUGCGGGACCGACGACAGACGGAGAGGCGGCGGCGGAGGCGGCGGGGGAGGGAGCAGCCCAAUCCGAGGGCGCUGGCGCAACUUCGACGACCGGAGAAGAAGAAGACAACUUCGACGACAGCAUGCCUGACAUCAGUAGCGGUCCUGUUUUGAAGCCGCCGGCGUCGGCGUCUUACGCGGCAGCCGGCGAGGGGGGUGGUGCUGGUGCUGGUGCUGGUACGGCCCGCAGGGAGGGUAGAAGAGCGAACCGGGCGAGCUUCGACGGGUACGACUUCAACACCCUCCGCAAGGUGGGUUCGCUCCGGAUGGGCGUCUCGAGCAAAAAAGGCGCGCCCCCGCAGCUGGCCGCAACGAGGUCGAUGGACGCCCAGGGGAAUAAACCCCAUUGAGGAGGAGGAGAAGGUGUUGUGUCGUGGAGUCCGUGUUUUUUUCUGUCGCUGCCUCGCGUCGUCUUUGCUGUCGCACGAGGGGGUGCGUUUGCGUGUGUCAUCGGCUCCGUUUUUUUUUUUCUUCCCGCGUUGUUGGUUGUGUCGCACGUUGCUGUGGUUUUGGCGUUGCUGCUUCUUUUCGUCGACGCCGUUUGUGCGAUUUUUUAUUUGGUCAGGAGAGAAAAGAGGGAUCGGUGCCUGUUUGUGUGAUCGGCGAAGGCAGUUUUUAACCGUCAACUCCGCUGUGCGCGUGCGUGUUUAGUGUACAUUUUUUUUGUUGUUGCGCGCAAGCAUACUGCAACGCCAUGUGAGUAAUGUUGAUUUUGUCGAUCAUUUGUUUUUGCGUUGCGGCAAGAGGAGCGAAAGGGGGGGCCUCUACCGACGUAACACUUUGGGCCAACCCGCCCGCCGCCGCCGCUGGUACCUCUUGGCUCUCGUAGAAGACCAUCGCUCUUCUGCUCUUCUUCGGGAGCUCAACCCACCCAACCCAAACAGAGUGCCACGGCAAAGUCGAGUGAUUGCGCCGGCAACCGAGUCAAGUGGUAUGUUCCUCUCGGCAUAGACGCCCUCUCCCCCUCCGCUUGCCACACACAAUGCGGCUGCUAUUAUAGGUGGACGAGGUCAUUGAGGGGAAUCGUUUCGCUCCCUAACGGCCCGCACAGGGACUUUUGUUCGUUUCAGACAAGCAUUUCUUGUUUUUUUGUGGUGAGGUAGAAAUGGCGUGAUUAUAUUUCCCUGUUUUCUUUUUCUGUAUUGCUAAUCGUGUGAGGUGUCCAUGGUUUUGGCGAAUGACGCUUGGAAGCAAAGUCGUCGCAAGUGAAGGUCGUACCGUGGCGCUUGUGGUGAUUUUGUCAAAACUGCAUGUUUAGUCAACCUCUCUGCGAGGCAGCGCUUGAUGGUGUGUUUAUAUUCUCUGAACAGAAUCUCGCACGAUGUUUUGUAUGAAUGCAUGCUUCGAUUGUGUCCGCCCGAUAGAGGUGGCGUAUCUUUUGGGCUGCUCCAUGCACGCAGGAAGCAGUCUACGCUCUCUUACGAUUUGUCCGCGUGUGCUCGCCCUUGCUUGUGGCAGCAGCAAUCUCCUGAGGGUUUGGAGGAAAAAGUGAUAAAUGUGGAUUUCCUUCAUGACGUUGUGCGAGAAGAGAGCGAAUUACGCAGGGGUGGAGGCACGGCCCGCGACGAAGGUCCCGUCUCACAGCGUGUACAGUAUAUACCCCAUACUUUAUAUUUUUUAUAUCAUAUUUGUUUUUACCCCAUAUUGAGAGUUAACACCUGCCUGGCUGAAAGGUUCUGGUGUGCAAUGGGAAAUGACGGGACAUGUGCUUGACACAUAAGUGGCACGUUCUUCUGUUGCUUGUUUGCCCGUGUGGGUAUUAUUUUAGACACGUUGCUAGAGGCUCAUGAUCAUUAUUCCGUGUUUUUCCUCCCUGGCUCACAAUUUUUUUCGUCUAGUCCGUGUUUGUUUUGUAGCUCGGCCCGUCCGUGCGGGUUCACUUUAGAAGCAUAUGCAAGAUUGGGCGCGGACUCUGUUGGCCCGAAAUGUGUUGCACCGGUUGGAGUUGUGUUUUUGGCAGAAGCGCGCGAUGUACGUUUCGCGUUGUACAAGCAGGUAUUCUUUUGGUGUACACAAGUCACCGGUACAAAAAGCUCUUUCAAUCGAGAAAGACACGCGAGGUAGCCACCUAAACGGCGUUCUUUUUGUUUUGCGCGAAAGAAAGAAGAAAGACCGAGAUCCAGGUGUAUUGUGAGUGCAGCAGUGCCGCCAUCGUGUCGCUCGUACUUCCCAACCAGCAGCCUGCUUGUUGCUGCUGCGAGGUGGUCAAAGGCGUGUUUGAUCCGCGAAGGAAGUAGUUGGUGGUCCUGUAGGCGGUUGCUUGUUUCGUACCAGUACAUUUCAAGAUUUAUUUCCUGUCGUUGCAACCCGUCUCCCCACUUGUACACACUGAAGUACUUUACCAAACCAUCGGGUGAUUGUGUUCUACUGGCCUGCGGUGUUUUCCGACGAUGCCGUUUCACUGUCUGUUUCGCGGUUUAAUGGAGGGUGUUUUGGUGUGAGUUCAAGUCGUGCGAGCUUUGGGAAGUACUGUAGCGAACAGAUAGAUAGAUGCCAUAGGGGUAGAUGGCUUUCUUUCCGUUUGCCUUGAUUUGAGUCCUCUCCCCUUGAUAACGUUGUUAGCGAAAGUAUUUGUCGACACACAAGAAAAAAAUGACUCACUCAACACGAGUGCUUAAACGUUCGACACACGCCACACGUUCCGGGGCAUGCACGUCAAACGAACCACUUUUUCU